AGGGCAGCGCGCUCCGUCCUUGUUUGUUCCGCCAUUUUGGAGGAGUCGCGACGCAGCGAGGAAAGAGAGAUCCGCGCUUCUGACUGUCUUAUACCCUCCCCUGCAUCGAUUGUGCACGGUGUUGCUCACCCCACUUCCCGUUACAAAAAGAUGAGUUCCCCAGCUAACGUGAAGAAGCUCAAGGUGUCGGAGUUGAAGGAGGAGCUCAAAAAGAGGGGGUUAAGCGAUAAAGGACUGAAGGCCGAGUUAAUGGAGAGGCUUCAGACCGCUUUGGAUGAAGAGACCGAAUCCGGUGGAGGAGUAGUGGUAGGCUCUGGCGGAGAGGCUGGCGGAGACACGGUUGAAGGAACCGAGCAAGUCGGUGGCGAGGAGGAAGAAGAGGAGGACGAGGAAGUAAUGGAGGUUGGCGGAGAAAAUGGAGGAGGCGGAGAAGCUCUGGAAGGAGGCGAUGAACCUUUGGAGGGGGGUGAUGAAGCCCUGGAAGGAGGUGAUGAAGCCUUGGAGGGGGGUGAUGAAGCCCUGGAAGGCGGUGAUGAAGCCUUGGAGGGGGGCGAUGAAGCCCUGGAAGGAGGUGAUGAAGCCCUGGAAGGGGGUGAUGAAGCCCUGGAAGGGGGCGAAGAAGAGGAGCAAGAAGAGGCGCCCGCCGGCCAGGAAGAUGAGAAUGGAGACGAUCAAGGUUUUCAAGAAGGCGAGGAGGAAGAAGAUGAGGAAGAUGAAGGCAUCCCUGUGGGGUUAGAAGAAGAUGAGGAGGGUGGGGAUGAGAACGGCCGCGGCCAGGAGGAGGAAAAACAGGAAGAAGAGUCCGUGCCCAGCGGUCCCCGGCCCCUCAUGGAUAUCAAGUGCGAGGAGGCUGGGGCCUCGAGUAGAGGCGAGGGCAAAGACCAGAAAGACAAGAAAAGGGGUGUAAAAAGGCCACGUGAAGAUCAUGGCCGUGGCUAUUUUGAGUAUAUCGAAGAAAACAAAUACAGCAGGGCAAAAUCUCCUCAACCACCGGUAGACGAAGAGGAUGAGAAGCUGGAUGAGUCUAUGGUACUUCUUGACACAUAUAACUGUGAUCUUCACUUCAAAAUCUCUCGGGAUCGCUUAAGUGCUUCCUCUCUUACCAUGGAGAGUUUUGCUUUCCUUUGGGCUGGAGGCAGAGCUACAUAUGGCAUUUCUGAAGGCAAAGUUUGUUUUGAGAUGAAGGUUACAGAGAAGAUUCCUGUUAAGCAUUUAUACACUAAAGAUAUUGAUGUUCAUGAAGUGCGAAUUGGAUGGUCCCUUGGCUCAUCAGGGUUCAUGCUUGGUGAAGAGGAGAAUUCCUAUGGAUACUCCCUGAAAGCAUUGAAAUACACCAAUGGUGAAUCUGAGCAGUAUGGCGAGACAUAUGAUGAGACUGAUGUAAUCACCUGCUUUGCUAACUUUGAAGGUGAUGAAGUUGAACUUUCGUAUGCAAAGAAUGGACAAGAUCUGGGAGUGGCAUUUAAGAUUGCUAAAGAUACGCUCUCCGAUCAGUCUCUAUUCCCACAUGUUCUGUGUCACAACUGCGCUGUGGAGUUUAAUUUUGGGCAGAUGAGCGAACCAUUCUUUCCUGUCCCUGAGGGGUACACGUUCAUUCAGAACGUCCCAUUGGAAAACCGUGUGAGAGGACCUGUUGGUCCGGAGCAGAAAAAAGACUGUGAAGUGAUCAUGAUGAUCGGUUUACCAGGAGCAGGGAAGACCUCAUGGGUCACUAAACAUGUUGCUGAUAAUCCUGGGAAGUACAACGUCCUUGGAACAAGCAGCAUUUUGGAAAAAAUGAUGGUGGGAAAUAAACAGCUUGAUCCUGCAAAACUGACUGCCUUUCUGCAGAGGGCUCCUCAAUGUCUUAGCAAGUUUAUUGAGAUUGCUGCUCGUAAAAAGAGAAGCUUCAUUCUGGAUCAAACAAAUGUGUCCUCAGCAGCCCAGAGAAGGAAAAUGUGCCUGUUUGCUGGGUUUCAACGUAAAGCGGUUGUUGUUUGUCCAACUGAUGAGGAGUAUAAGGAAAGGACACAGAAGAAAGCUGAAGUGGAGGGAAAAGACCUGCCUGAGCAUGCUGUUCUUAAAAUGAAAGGUAACUUCACCCUGCCAGAAGCCAGUGAGUGCUUUGAUGAAAUAGUCUAUGUAGAGUUGCAGAAAGAAGAAGCUGAGAAACUUCUUGAGCAGUACAAAGAAGAAAGCAAGAAAUCUCUUCCCCCUGAGAAGAAACAAAAUAUUGGUAUGAAGAAAGUUAACAAGAACAAAAAUCAGAAGGGCAGAGGUGGUCUAGGCCAUGGCCACAGAGGGCGUGGAGGUGGAGGAUAUAACAUGCGCGGUGGCAACUUCAGAGGUGGAGCUCCUGUAAACCGUGGUGGAUACAACAGACGGGGUAACCUGCCACAGCGUGGAGGCGCAGGUGGCAGCGGAGGUGCCAUUGGCUAUCCAUUUCCUCGUGCUCCAGUAUAUCCCAGUAGAGGUGGUUACAGUGGUCGAGGAAAUUUCAACCGCGGGGGUGGCGGUGGAGGUAUGCCAAGUCGUGGAAACUACAACCAGAACUUCAGAGGAAGGGGAAACAACCGUGGCUACAAAAACCAGUCUCAGGGCUACAAUCAGUGGCAACAGCAGGGUCAAUACUGGGGUCAAAAGCCAUGGAGCCAGCAGUACCACCAAGGAUAUUAUUGAAUACUCAAAUAAAAAUGAACUGAUACAUAUUUCUCUUCAAAACCUUCACAAGAAGUCGACUGUUUUUUUUUUCUUUAGGCUAACUUUUAAAAACAUUCCACAAGAGGAAGUGCCUGCGGGUUCUUUAUUGAAUUUUCUUUGUUUCCCUUUUUUUCUUUAGUUAAGUUUUCUGGGGUUUUUUUUCGUUUUUUUUUUUAAUUGUAGUUUUAAAGUGAUUCUUGAGAACCUCAGCAUUGUGCACGAUAAAAGAAUGUGUCAGUAUUUCAGGGUUCUACAUUUUUAUCUGUAAUGUGAUCUUUUUUUUACUAUACAAAAGUAAAGUUGUUGCUUUGUA